AUGCAACUUCCUCCGCUCGCCGUCAUGGCGAGUUGGCCCACACCCAACUAUGUUGAUCCAGUGACUCGCGGACAUGGUGUCCUAAUCGUGAAUAUUGUUUGCAUUAGUCUGGCAUUCCUCGUGACAAUACUCCGUCUAUAUACUCGACUCCGCAUUACUUCAACCGCUGGUAUCGACGAUGUUUUAAUAAUAAUCGGUCUGGUAUUUGCUAUUGCAAUGGUGGCCGUCACUUCACUCGCUACUGAGACCUGGGGUUUCAACAGACACAUUUGGGAUAUUCCCACAGCUUGGUUUCCCACCAUCGAGAAGCUGAAUCUGUCCUUCCAGAUCAUGUUCUCAUGGUCAUCAGGAUUUACCAAGAUUUCGCUACUAUGGUUCUGUCGGCGACUUCUUGGUACGGGGAAGGGCAGUUUUGUGACAUACAACUGGGCCUUCAUCGGAUCCAUGAUCUUUGUUGGACUCUCCGUCUUCAUGUUCACUUUCUUCAGCAUCUUUCAAUGCUCACCCAUCAAGGCAUACUGGGAAGUUGCGCCUACAUACCCACACAAAUGCAUGAACGACGGAGAUAUCGUCUUUUCAGCCAGUGUGAUCAACAUCUUCACCGAUUUCCUAGUCACCACGCUUCCAAUGCCACUCAUCUGGAGACUCAAGCUCCCCGCUCGCCAACGCCUAGCCGUAAUCUCAAUCUUCGGCCUAGGAGUCGUCGUCAACGUCGCCGGCUCCGUCCGCACAGUAUACGUCUGGAAAAGCCAAAAGGCAAGCUACGACCAGACCUGGCAAGGAUGGCCAAUUCUAGUAGCCGCCGUCGUGGAGAUCAGUCUAGGCCUGAUCUGUUCUUCAGCCCCAGCUCUUCGCCCUCUCAUAGCAACCUUCCUCCCCCGCCUCCUCCAAUCAACCCGUAACAUCAACUACGGUUACCACCGUCAAAGCCGCUCCAAUAAACUCUGGUCCUCCCGAAAUUCGCACUUAGUCGCCUCGGACUCUCGAGCGGACUACGAAAGCGAUCGCUUCGAGAUCAUGCGCACCGUCGAGAUGGAGAUUUGGUCUGAGUCGCGACUUGCGCAUCAUAAUAAAAUGAUGGGGAUUGAUAAUCGUGCUAUGUCACCCGAGGACAUCGAGCGGAAGCAAGACCCUAUAGUUUUUACUUCUGCUGCGAGUGAGAAAUCCUUUACUUCAAUUGGGCGUGUAGAGUCACCGAUUGGUACUGGACGGCCUGUUUGA